GCGCGCGGGGCCAGGCGGGGCCGCGGCCGGCUCAUGGCGCCCGCGGCGUGGAGCAGCCAGGCCGGCUGGCGAGCGCACGUGGAGCUGGCGCUCGAGGCGGUGCCGGAGCCCCAGCAGCCCCCUGGGCCCUGCUGCCUGGAGGCCCACCCCGAGCCCGUGUCGCUACUGCGCCUCGAGCGGGGGAUACCGCAGUGCGUCCGGGGCGCCGCGCGGAACGGCCACUUCUGCGCCGUGGUGCAGGAGCCGGGCGCGGCCACCGCGUGGGUGCCGAGGAAGUUGUUGCCACCGCCCGCCGAGCUCAAGGACACGGACCACGCCACCGAGGCGGAGCCCGGCGGCGGUUGGUGCGCCCUGAGGGUAGGCUGCGCGGGCUCCGGCAAGGGCGGCCUGAAGGCCCCCCUGGUGCCAAGAGGGGGACGAUUCUUCUACUAUUACUGGAGAGACCUGUUGCCACACAUCCUGAGUCGCUAGGCUGCCAGCUUUUUGUCUAGUGCCUUUUUUGACAGCCCUGGGUCAAGAAGUUGGCCUCCAGGUGCAGAACACGC